AUGUCAACAAACUUCACUUACGAAUCUGUAUUAUUAGACAUUGAAGGAACUACGACACCAAUUUCCUUUGUUCAUGAAAAAUUGUUUCCAUAUGUAAAAAAUAAUGUUGAAAAAUUCUUGAAUGAACUUUGGGAAGAUAAAGAGUUGCAAGACAAUAUUCAACUAUUACGAGAUCAAGCAAUUAAAGAUGUGAAUGAGAAAAUAUUUCCUGAAGCUAAUUUAAUUCCAAUGGAUACUAGCAAUAAUAAAGAUGAAGUCAAAAAUUCCAUCAUCCAAAAUAUUUCCUGGCAAAUGAAAUUAGAUCGUAAGAUUGGAGCCUUGAAAUCCUUUCAAGGAUACAUGUGGAAAUAUGGAUUUGAUUCUGGUGAAUUGAAAGGAAUGAUAUAUCAAGAUGUACUAGAUGUAUUUAAGAAAUGGGUAGAUUUAGGCAUAAAAAUUUAUAUCUAUUCAUCUGGUAGUGUUGCAGCACAAAAAUUGAUAUUUCAAAAUUCAGAUAAAGGAGAUUUAUUAGAGUAUAUUUCAGGUUAUUUUGAUACUACAAUUGGUUUAAAACUUGAAAAACAGAGUUAUGAAAAUAUUGCUAAACAACUAAAACUUGAACCAAAUAAGAUUUUGUUUCUUAAAAUAACUGCAGCAAAGUUAGCAGGAUUCCAAGCUGCAAUCAUUGAUAGACCUAAUAAUCCACCUUUAUCUGAAAAUGACAAGAAUAUACAUUUACUUUUUACUGAUUUUCACCAAGUUCUUUCACAUUCCUCAUUUAUUAAAGAUUAA